AUGUUUUUCGCACCCGAGAAAAAUGUGUGGAAUGAGCAACCACAGCUCACUCGCUUUUCCACGAUGGGUGUGGAGAAGGUGGUGAUGGCGGUGGCUUCGACUGGAGCCAUAUUGGCUAUGGUAGCUUGUCUGAUAGCUAUUCCAAAGCUGUACAAGGAGAUGAACGAGAUCCAGAAUAUGGUCCUGGACGGAGUAGCCGUUUUUCGCACAGAAACUGAUUCCGCCUGGAUAGAAAUGAUGGAUGUGCAGUUGGCGAUUGCGCCAGAUUCUAGACGUCCGAAAAAUCCGUUUGACUCCAUAUUCCGACGCAAAAGACAGCCUCUUCCACCCUGGUGUGUCUGCGAAAUUACGCCGAUUACCUGCCCACCUGGACCACCUGGUCCUCCGGGACCACCGGGAUUGCCAGGAAACCCUGGAAUGCCUGGACCACCAGGAAGAGACGACACGACAGUCUAUCAGCCCAUCCGUUGUCCACCUCCAGAUCCCAGCUGCAUCAGAUGCCCUCCAGGCCCUAUGGGACCACCAGGUCCAGCUGGUCCACAAGGCCCACCUGGCCAAAUGGGCCGACCUGGUGAACAAGGACGAAAAGGCAACAAUGGCAUACCCGGCCCAGCAGGU